AUGGCUUCCCGCGUCCUCGCUUCCAGACUCGCCACCUCGAUGGCUGCCGCUCGCCCUGCCAUGCGCACGGCUGCUGCUAAGCGCACUUUUGCUGCCGCUGCCCGCCCCAGCCCCUUCCAGGCUGUCAAGCGCCAGCAGACCCCCAGCCUGCUGACCCAGGCUGCCACCAAGAAGGCUGCCUUCAACGGCCGCCGCAUGUACAGCUCCGAGAUUGCCCAGGCCAUGGUUGAGGUCUCCAAGAACAUUGGUAUGGGCUCUGCUGCCAUCGGUCUGACUGGUGCCGGUAUUGGUAUCGGCCUGGUCUUCGCUGCCCUGAUCCAGGGUGUUGCCCGCAACCCUGCCCUCCGUGGCCAGCUGUUCUCGUACGCCAUUCUGGGUUUCGCCUUCGUCGAGGCCAUUGGUCUGUUCGACCUGAUGGUUGCCCUCAUGGCCAAGUUCACGUAA